AUGGACAGGCUAGUGGAACGCUUUAACCGCAUGUUGAAGGAAAUGUUGCGGAAGUUCUCCCUGAAAGAGAUGCAUCAAGUCCCUGGAGAUGUUGAUAAAAUCAUUAUCAACAUCGCUAUCAUUGGGGAGGCAGGCUCUGGAAAAUUGUCCUUUGUCAACACCAUCCCGGGCCUGGGGGAUGACGAUGAAGGUUCUGCUGAGACAGGGGUGAAUGAAACGACAAUGGAGCCCACUGCUUACCCACAUCCUACAUACCCAAAUGUUACCAUCUGGGAUCUGCCAGGGAUCAGGACCCCAACAUUUAAAUCAGACACGUACCUCAAGCAGGUGGGGUUCAGCCGCUACGACUUUUUCAUCAUCAUCUCGUGCACCCGCUUCAAAUACCACGACAUUAGCCUCGCCCAGGAGAUCCAGAGACUGGGGAAGAAGUUUUACUUUGUGCACUCCAAGGUGGAUCAGGAUUUGACAAAUGAAAAACAAAACUAUAACGAGGCGGGAAUCCUAGAGAAGAGGAAAGCUUCCACGAAAAGAGCACAUCAGUACAGUGAGAGUGUGAUCCUCGAUGCCAUCAGAGAGAACUGCAUCAAAGGCCUGGAAGCAGGAGGAGUGGCCUCUCCACGGGUUUUUCUUGUAUCUAGAUGGGACUUGGGUAAGUACGAUUUUCCCAAUUUGCAGGAAGUACUAGUGGAUGAGCUCCCCAGUCACAAGAGACUCACUUUUCUACGAUCCCUGUCCAAUGUUUCUAAAGAAAUCCUGGAGAAGAAAAGAGAACUACUGCAAGCACAGAUAUGGUGGAAAAGUCUGGCGUCAUGUGGAAUUGCUGGUGUUCCAAUCCCAGGUCUCACCAUUGUUUGUGAUAUCGCCAUGCUGAUGAUGUCCCUGAAAGAGUACUGCACGGACUGUGGCUUCAAUAAAAAUGCUCUCACUGCAGUUGCUAGACAGUCUAAUAAGCCUAUUGCAGAGCUGAAGGCCCUUAUAAAGUCCCCACUGAGCAUUGGAAAUGGCUCCGUCCAUAACCACCUCCAGAACUCCUGCAGCGUCAGCAGCAACAUCAUCAAGGAACUUCUGCAGCAUGAGCUUUGUGAUAGGGAGAGAAACUGCUGCAGCUGCGACAGAACCUAA